AUGUAUCCCAACAACCUCCUCCUCGCAUUAACCCUAACCAGCCUCGCGACAGCAAGCAUAAUAAAACAACGCGCAGUCUUCGUAGAAUGUGACAACGCCGAAAGCGAAAUGGCCCAAGCGGCAGUAACGAGCGCCGGUGAAAUGGCCGCCAAAGCCGCUGCCAGCAUCCGAGCCAACAACGUGACAUCGCUCUUCCAGACAUUCUUCAAGACAACCGACUCAACAUCUACAAACCAUGUCGUCGAGAUACUCGAGGAGAUUACCCAGGAAGCGUCACAACAAGGAAGCGGUCUUAUCACCUACUCCUGCCAACCUGAUAGCAUUACUUGCCAAUCUGGCUCGUUUACGCAGACGGGAUAUGCCAGUACGGACGGGUAUCGAGGCCAAGUGAGCACGUGUCCUGCGUAUUUCCAGCUGCCGCAGGUGUCGGAUGAUUGCUCUGUUCUGGAUCAACGGACGUCAAGUUUACAUGAGUUGUGUCAUACGAAGGGGGUGCUGGGGUAUGAGGUGUAUGGGUAUUCGAAUGUGUUGGGGUUGGAUUCGCAAACAGCGUUGAAGAAUGCGGAGAGCUAUGCCUUUUUCUCCAAGUCGGUUUACCUUGGCUGUAAUGGCCAGACUGGGUCAUCUGGGUCAAGCUGGGGAAGCCUAGGUGGCUCCGGCAGCACACGCAAUACUGGAAGCUCUGGAAGCUCUGGAAGCUCAUGGUGGAAUCCGUUCGCAAACUUCGGGUUUUAG